AUGCAGAAUCUUAUUUAUUACUUUUAUCAACAUAUAGAAAAUAUUGGCGCUUCCUAUUCAGGUUCACCUGAGCCUUCACUUUCAUUUUCCAAUGAACCUGACACGUUACAACUUGACGACAUCAAAAUUGAGUUUUAUCCUCAAAGUGGUUAUCCUGAACAGACUGUCCAUUUUGAAGAAUUUGGCCAUGAAGACACAUCAGCUGUCCAAUUUUUUUUGGAUAAAGAGCCAUGGCGGCCAUUUGCUGAGUUUAUGCUGGAAGCGGCACUAAGCAAAGCACAAACGGACAAGCUGAUAUCACUUGUUCACCGAUGUAUGCAGAAAGAAGGGGGAUCCUUCACUUUCACAAAUCAUGCAGAUGUUCACCGUGCUUGGGACAGUGCAUCUCGCACUCUCACCCCGUUUGUAGAUAAGCCAAUUUCAGUUCCGUACAAAAAUGGAGUAAAGGACUUUGUUGUAUACUACCGCCCACUCUGGGACUGGGCACUAGAUUUACUUCAAGAUGCUUGUUUAGCACCUCACUUUGAAUGGGACGCAAAAUGGCUAUACAAGUAUAAUGGAGAAUCUUUUGUUCAAUUUUAUCAUGAACCUUGGACGGCUAAUAGAUGGUGGGAUAUACAAUUGUCACUACCUGAAGGAGGAAAGCCCUUUUGCUUUAUCAUUUAUGCAGAUAAAUCAAAACUUUCAUUGUUUGGAACGGAAAAAGGCUAUCCUGUUGUUGCACGUUGUGCUAAUCUUCCAGUACGGAAUAGUGAUGGAGUGGGUGGAGGUUGUGUAGUGGGGUGGUUACCUGUGGUUGCUGAAGACCAGGCAGAGUCCGGAAAGCAAGGCUAUGUUAAUUUCAAGUGCAUCGUCUGGCAUGAAGCAUUUUAUAUCCUUUUAAAAACAAUCACUGCAAUUUCAAAAACAGGGUUUCAGUGUAUUAUGUCCCUGAUACGUGGUAUUGGUAGCAAGUGUCCAUGCCCAGUUUGCUACGUGCCAGCAGAGAUGUUAUCAGACCUUUCAUUGACAUUUCCACUGCGUACAGCUCAAAAUUCUCGUGCUGUAUUCCAAGAAGCAAAUGGAAUGAUGUAUGCAGAGGAGAAAGAGAAGUUAACAUCUUUUUGGAAGGUUGCAAAUUCUGACCCUCAUCUUGCAAUCUCAUUUGACCCUCUGCAUGCAUACUCAGCUGGACUUUGGGGCAACCAUAUAUGGAGUGAAAUCAAGAAUGCCAUUGAUGGGCUCAGCAAGAAAGCAUUGGAAAAAGUAGACAAUCAGUCUUCUCUGUUCCCUUGCUGGCCUAACCUCAAUCAUUUUGAAAAAAUUACAGGUAUCUCAUUCAGUGACGGCUCAAAGCUUGAAGAUAUCGCAAAAAUCACUAUAUUUGUCUCGCACAACGUUCUUCAAAGCCAGGAUCACCCAGAAGGAUAUCUACUACUUCAAUGUCUCCGUAGCUACCUCAAUUUAGCUAUGUACAUAGGAUUUGAUGUUCAUACAGACAAGACAAUUGAUGCUGGUCAGAGAGAGCUUCUUAAAUUUUCAUUGUUGCUUCAGAUGUCCAAAAAUUGGAACUUCCCAAAAGCCCACACACACAAACAUGCAUUUGAUGACAUCAUUGCAAAAGGAGCCACUCAAAACUACAAUACAAAACCCAAUGAAAAACUACAUGGUCCCCUCAAGAAAUUAUAUGCACUGCAAAUGAAUGGAAAGCAAGUGACACAGCAGAUAUUGAAGAUAGACCAUUGGUCUCUUGUUUCAACUUAUAUUCGGACACAGAUAGAUAUUUUGGACACAUCCCAUGAACCACCAACUGACAAUCUUGAAACUGUCGCUCCUUCUAAUAUAAGCAACCACAUCACCUUUGGUUCACCACAAGUUGCAGUCACACUUGGAGAAUUGGAAACCAGCUGCACAAACACCAUAUUCAAAGACUUUCGCAAGAGACUAUCAACGUUUAUGACAGAUUUCUUACCCGCAUAUGGAAUUCCAUUUCCAGAAGGGAAAGGCAUUAAAUUUUUGCCUUCUGAUCUCAUCAAAGAGUAUCGGUAUUUAAAAGUUAGCUAUGAGUCAACUGUCGAUUGGCAAGAGGCACAAGAUUAUCUAUGUUGCAGCCCCAACUUCCAUGGUCAUGAACGCCGUGACAGUGUCAUCAUACAGACUGUCAAUGGCGAAAUAUUUGCUCGCCUCCUUUUUCUGUUUGUGUGUACAGUGGAUAAAGUGCAGUACCCACUUGCCAUGAUACAGCCGUUCGAUUCACCCACAGGCGUGGCUCAUCGUAAAGAUAAGGCUUUAGGCCUAAUUAGGGUGCGAGCAAGGUCUCAAGCAGCUUGUGAAUUCGUCAGUAUACAUUCCAUCAUCUGGGGGGCUCUUAUUGUUGAAGACUUCAGUAAAGUUGGCGAUUCAUUUGUGGUUGGUGUGGUUGAUGGAGAUAUGUUCUUACGCCUACAGCAUUUACGUCAAAUUUGA